AUGGAGCCGCGGGUCUCGUUGCGGUUGCUGGCCGGACUGCUCGGCAUCGUCGUCGCCCAGCACUUUCCCAGCGGCUUUUCCCCGGAGCCGCUGCUCGCCGGCGGCCGUACAUUUUUCAUGGCCGACGACUCCUGGAGACGCGACGCCAUCGCCAAGAUGUGGCUGGAGCGCCGGUCGAUGGUCUACACGCCGCUGUUCAAAUUUAAUUACCCCGGGAACCCGUCCGUCGACCUCAUCUUCAAAAACGAGACGGCCUCCAAGACGGACACGCUCAAGCACCGCUACGCCUGGGCGCUGAUGAUGUGGGCGCUGGUGGAGGGGAAUGUCGGGCCAAACACCACGGUCUUCGAAGCUUCUUCCGGCAACACGGCCGCCUCGUUGGCGUAUAUGUGCCGACUGGUCGGCGUCCCGUUCAUCGCCGUCGUACCGAACACGCUGGAGGACACGAAACUCGGCCACAUCACCCAGUACGGCGCCAAAAUCAAGAAGGUCGACAACCUGUUGAGAUGGACAGAGGCCGGUCGUAUCGCCCAGGAAGCCAACGGGUUUUUCAUGAAUCAAUUUGGGAACGCCGAUAAAGCGGAAGAGUUUCAUGAGAGUGGAAACUUCCCGCUCGAGUCGGUGAACGUCUUCCACGAGUUCCUUGCCCAGCUCAGCGCCGACUCCAACCAGGCCGUCAAGCACCCGCACUUCUUCGUGAUGCCCGUUGGCACCGGUGGCACUCUCUCCUCGGUGGGGAAAUACGUCAAGAAGUACGGCGUGCCCACGCAACUCGUGUUCGCCGACACCCAAUACAGCUUGAUGGGCGACUACGCGCUGAUGGGGCGUUUCGUGAACGAAUCCGGAGAACAUCUAGUGAUCGCCCCGGGCCUGGACCGCGGCGUGCUGGACCGUGUGAUGAAGAUCCCGGACAUGGCUUCCACAGCCGCGAUGGCCGUCCUGCAGCGAUUCGGGAUCGAUGGCGGGACGUCUUCUGGAGUGAACCUGGUGGCCAUGCUCAGCUUGGCGGCACAGGAAACGUCGUCGAACCCCAGGAAUGAUCGGUUGACGAUCGCCACGCUACUGGCCGACCCGGGGCAUUUCUAUGCGGCCUCGUACCUGAACCGGACGUGGAUCUCGGAGAAGAUGUCCAGGCAUGGCGGGCUGACGGCAUACGACUGCUGGACGCAGGUGAUCAUGAGCGCGCUCGAGCUCGGCGGUGAUCCUCUGAUGAUGGGGCUAGAGCGCUGCCAGUCGGCAGCCCUACCG